AGAACACAUAUGCAGACAUGUUGCCGACUAUAACAACCACCAGGCGUCCCCUUGCACAAGAGAACCAGAGUGGGUUUGCACCAGCCGAUUGCAAACGCCCAGUUCCACGCACGGUGCUGCUGCGACUAAUAAAUAAUCCGAGACAUUCAUCCUAGUCGGCCCUUCCAGGAGAUAUCAAAGACACGCCUGGGCAUCCUUUGCUACUAUGUAGGAGCUACUGUUUUUUUUUUUCUGUUAGGAGGCACAUAACGAGCCAGGACUCUCACACGCCACUAAGUUGAAGCGAACAUCUUUCUCCAGUCGUCUUGGGUGCCGCAACUACUCCAGGCCGUUGACUAGAAAUACUACCCAAGCAACGGUUCCAUGGGAACCAGAACCAAGGCAUUCUUCCUUUGCCGUUGGAACAGUACUGUGCAGUAACACUACCACAAACGCAACCUAUGCCAUGGUCUCCUGCUUGGUGGCAGUCGCGAAUGCGAGAGAUUGAGAGAUAAUCACGGUCUAUUUUGGGUCCGUCGAUGCCUACAGCAAUUCUACGCCUUUGAACUUGGCAAAGCAAAUCGACAUACUUGAAUAGAUAGAUUAUGGAGAUCCGCUUAAGAACUAUAGAGGAGAGACGUCCAUUGAGGUGCUUGCCACACCAAAAUUUAUACAGGAAUAAGGCGCCUUGGAAAUCUGGCAGGGGUAGCAUGGGCUGUCGCAAUUUACCCUCGCCAGGGUCUCUCACUGCCUAUUCUUUUUUUUUUGGCCCAGACAAAUAGGGACCAGCGCUUGUCUCGUUGCCACUGAUUGAUUUACGCGUUGGGAGAUAUACCCUGACUUCCAGUGGCGUUGGCGGCGAAGCGACUAUCGCAGACCCUACCUAAUCUUGCCAACAUCCUUCCCUCCUUCAUCUCUUGUCACCUUCUUCUACUUCUUUUUAUUUCCCAAUUACCAGCUUUGAUACUGUCUAUUGUGAAAUCUUCUUCUUCCAUUCUCUCACAGCGCUUACUACGCCCUGUCUCUGCUGGCACAGCGACCAUCUCCCGCGCAACCCCCUUUUCCCGUAUGGGGUGCAACAACUAGCCAAGGGAAGCUAUCCCAAGGGCAAAACCGACGAAUCUGGCUGCUUUUUCUAGCGGGGCUCCUAUUGUUCGAUUUCGGGCGCGUUAUAGCGCGUCUCACCUGUCGCGACGCACCUAUUUCUGCCUCUAACCCCGCCCAAACAGGCCAAUGACGAAGCCCAACAGCACCACCUCGACCAAAUUGAGGGUCCAAGUACCGCCCCAACCGAGUCCUCCGCUCCCUACCAAAUCACGGCCCAUGAGCGUCGCCUUGGAUCCCGAAAGCAGCCACGCCCAUUUGCCCAACAAUCGGUUGUACAGGCCUUUCUCACACAACGACUUACGUGCUCCCCAAGACUUUCAUGGGAAUACUCUCAAGUUCCUCGACGUCUCGCCCAGCGAUUCAUCCCUUUUGCAGUGCCCGCCCAGUAUAUCGUCCAGCUGGUCCGCGUCCUCGCUCGCGGACUCCACACACAGCAGUGCUGCUAAGCUCUCCACCUCACCCGCUAGCGGUACUUCCUCCUGGAGCCGCAGUAGCAGCAGGGACCGUGAUACUCCAACACCAGUUGCGGCCAUUAGCAACAUUCAAAUCCCACCACAGCUAGACCAAAAUCUCCCGCAUCUCACCGCGCCUGCAGCGCCGCCCUCUAAUCAAGCACCAGCAGUUCGAAAAACCUCACCUGGCUUGGCUGCGCGCCUCAAGGCCCUUGGUUUCGGUCCGUCCAAAAGGAGCUCUCCAGAGCCACCCACACCGCUCCAAGAAAACAUUGGCCGUCUCGACACAAGGCAACUUCGCCAACUCGACGAAAAACACAUUGCAGGCUCUCUAUCUUCGGUCAUCUCUAGGCGCGGUCGCCCGUGGAGAGGGGCCACCGCCUCUCCUGCUCUCAAGUCUUCGGCCAGUCAGCCCAAUCUCAAGGCCGCACCUUUACUUGACAAAACACCACAGCUCCCCGAAAUAGAAUCUCCUGAGCCACUGCCCAUGGAUACGCAAAAAUACCGCCUACCGGAUCACACCAACGGUAACGGCACAAAGGCCACACUUGCCACGCGAAAUGAGCAUCUUGCGAGACAAAUAGCUACUGAGCAGGCCCAGCCACGAAGCUCAGAGCCCCCCAUCCCACCUCCGAAGGAUUCUCCUGUCACAGAAACUACCCCACCAGCCACUGCGCAGGUAUCUGAUGAAUAUGUUCCUGGGUUAAGCUCCUACUUUACUCCAGGACAUAACCGGCCUGGUUCCAUCUAUACUCUAUCGAGAGCGUCAUUUGCGAACCAGCUUGCACAGCUAACCUCGUUGCAGCUACCCGAUGCCGAGUCUUUGUCAAGCAAAGUUUCCGCUAUUCCGACAGCCUCAGCUGCUACUAAGGCGCUUAUAAAUGCCGCUGAGCAACUCCGCAGUUGGAUUUCUAAAGCUCACGAAGUAAUUGGUGGCCUUGAUAGCGAAGACGAUGUCGAGUGGGCUGCCGCUGCUGGCCGGGAAGGACUCGAUGAUGUGGAAACCGCCAUUUCGCGUUUCGAAGAACUCAUAAAUGCCUAUGUCAGCGCAAUCGAGCGACUGCAACAGCGCGGAGAUAUACCGCAAGUACCGACAGCAGAUCUAGAGCGUGCAGUGGCUCAAAUGGAAAUCAUUGUGAAUGAAUGGACCAAUAUUCGAAAGUCAUUGCACAAUGUUCGCGUGCAAGUAGAGAUUGCGAUGGAAUGGGAAGAGCUGUGGAAUACAGUUUUGGGCGAUAUUCAGAGCGAAAUGGAUGAGCUUAGCCGCCUUGUUUUCGAAAUGGAGGAACGCAGGCACAAAAACCUGACUGUCGGCGACAAUGCGGAUUUCGACGAUUUGGAUGCAAUUGGGGAUGACUCACCCGCCUUUGCGUACGCCAGAGCGAACAGACUUAGCAUGCCUAUUGUACCAACCAUGCCGUCUGGUGCUAGUAGUUCUGGCCUUUCUGCAGAUGAUUCCAGUUUGCUGGCUCUGUUUGCUAGAAUGCAGCCACUUCGCGCGUCCCUAGACUUUCUUCCCAUGCGUCUAUCAGUAUUUGAAGCAAGGGCGGAGAAGAUGUUCCCGACAGCAUGCGAAGAAUUGGAGAUGCGCCGCACGGGGCUGGACGGCAGCUAUAAGAAGUUGGAAAAUGAUGCCGAAUCUCUGCGUAAGGAGCUGGGUGAAGAUCGAUGGGUGGUUGUCUUCCGUGGCGCUGGAAGACAAGCCCAGAAGAUGCAAGAGUCUGUCGAACGAUCUCUUGCAAAACUUAAAGAAGCUAUGGAUGCCAACGCACAUGUCACAAAUCCGCCUGCGAUGGCCAAGAAAGUCGAAAGCUACGAAGCUAAAAAGAUGCAUUAUGGGCCUGCAAUUGAACGAGUUUUGUCGAUUAUCGACCGAGGCGUCAAGGAUCGACUGACCGUCAAUGGAGAGAUUCUGCGUCUGCAUAAUGACAUCCAAUCGCGAUGGAGCAAUUUGAAGGAACAGAUGAACCAGGUGGAUGCUGUUGUUGAAGACAUGCUUGCCGAGGGCAAGAGCACACAGCUGCGCGAAUCUGUGUCAAGCUUGCUUUCCGCUGACAAGUCGACUCUUGGGAGUGGCCGUGAUACACCCAGCAGCUCUCCGCCUUCUUCCGUCAUCAUGACUAGCCUUGGCUUCGAUCCUCACACGCCUACUCUCGCACCAUCUAACAAAACAUCCCGACGACAUUCAUCCAUCCCCGCGCCUGCGAGCAGCUUUGCUAAACGGUUUGCUCGCCUCUCAACCAUUCCAAGCUCAUCCGCCUCUACUCCCGUUCCCCCCAGCAACACCCACCGUCCUCCUUCAACCCUUGACCACCGCCCACGAUGGAAUGGCUCCACAAACACGAACGACCUACAUGUCGACUUUCCGUACGAUCCUCCAGUCAUGCCCUCACCGCACGGUACAUCACGAAGAACACCAACUACACAAAGGUCUGUCUCGGCCGUCACCCCGGCGAGCUCGUCCAAACUGCCGACUAUUCGGGCUCCCCGAGCGACUUCCGAAUCCCCCAUGGUUGACGGCACGCCGUCUAGACGUAGCAAUUCACGCCUUGCCAUCCGUGAUAGAUUAGGCUCGCCUGGCCAGUCUCUCGCGGCCCUCACCGGAAACCGCCGUGUAUCAAUGCAGCCAAUUCCAUCAGCUUCCGCUGCUGAUGAAGGCUCAACAAGCCGCCCAUCUAGUGCAUUGGCCCCUGGUCGAUCCAGGCGCAGCAGCUUUCUCCCUCAACCCAAGUUUCGCGAUGCAGGCGCUGGCAGGUCCAGCCCUCAGCCUGGGAGUCGUCUGGGUAUGCGCAAAGAAUCAGCCACCGAGAAGGAUUCUCGACCUCGAUGGCGAUUCUGAGUGAUUUCUGUGACCCUUUGUCUUUCUUCCUACCCACCUUAUCGACAUUCUACAGCGACAAAAGUUGCUUGUUUUCUUUUGUUAUCAGGGCCACACGACGCUCGCCACGAUCCAUGGACACGACCUGGCAUUCCCUUUUCUCUGUUGCGCUACACACACAAUAUCUCUCUUUUCCUUCUGCAAUCUUUGCACCGAGUCUUCUACUCCGGCCUGCUUGUUCAUUUUUCAUAUCGUUCUCCGUAUACCCAACCCCAUUUGUUUUGGCCUAGCUUAUGGUGUUCCUUGAGAACAGCGCGUCUCUUUUCACGUCACUCUACUUGCUACAUUUUCAAAUCCUGGUGAACUGGAGGUACUCAGUGAGGAUAAUAUUUACAAACUUAAUGGAACAUAAUAUCGACUAUUUGCUUCUCACUACUCACUACUCACUACAACACAUGUGCUUAAAGUAAUAUACUCCUAAUGAUCCGUUUCCAGUGGUUGGUAUCUAUCUACGCCUCUCCAUAUGCCGUGUGCAAAAACGUCUUUACUUCCCAUAGUUCUAAGCGCGGCCCUUACCAGGUAUGCUGGUUAAAUCAAACAAAAGACUCCUUAUAAAUGCAUGUUCUUACGGGAUUGAAAUUCCACGCUGCUGCCAUAUCAAUGCCAACAUUGAAACCAUAUCUCAUUACAGUGGCAUCAGGCCGAUGCCACCCCCAUUCUUCUUAAUCACAAUCUUCCCGUCUCUUUUUGAAGUUGAUGACGAAGUUGCUGUUCUUGACAACGUUACUCUUCUACUACUACCACCGGCAGCCGUCGAAACACCACUGGUCUUGCGUUUUGUUAUACCACCGCCACCGCCUGCAGCUCCUUUGCGUGACCACUUUUUACCAGGGAACUUGCCUCUGGAACUACGGCCACUUCCAUAGCCAGAUGAAGGCCGCUUGCUCCUACUUUGGCUUUCAGAGUGUGCUUGCUGAUGCUGGCUAUUGAGACCUUCCAGACGUUCAUGGAAAGCCGCAACCUCUGGUCGGCUAAAAUAAUGUGAUUCUUGGUCGUCUGGCUCUUUUUCAUCAUCGUCUAUCUCAAAAUCGGAGCUGAUUAGGUCCACAAUGUCUUGAAUAGACUCUUCUGCUGCAUUGUCGCCCAUGAUUUCCUGAUACAUGGUAUGAUAGCGUUUUAAAACAGGUAUCAGUCUGGGGCCAUGCUCAGCAAUCUUAUCUGGGUCGGCUCCUGGAAUGCAGCUCAUGCGGUCGAUUGUCACUGUCCAGUUGAUAGCCAUUUCGCGAAGGUCGUUUUCGCUGAAGAGUGGACGCCGUAGGCCUCGUUUAUUCCGAAUAUGUUCCUCAAUCUGUCUUGCCUCAUCAACAAACCCAUUGACGAGAUCCUGGUGAAUCUCGGAUAGAUCUUUGAGCUGCUUUCCAGAUUUGAUAAGCAUACCAGUAGCCAGCUUACCCCUUGACUUCGUCGGUGGUUUUGCCGCCCGGUGUGGUGGCAGAGCAUCAAAUCCGUCGUCACCAUCACUGUCAUAUUCCUCGCCAUCAUCAGAGACAACAAGCCCGUUAUCAGCGUAUCCAUUCGACGCAUAUUCAAACUCAUCGACACCAUCAAUUAUGCGCUGUUUUCUGGCUCGAGCCUUGCGUCUAUCGAUGGGUGACGAAACAUACGUGGACUGAAAGGCUGCCGAGUCAACAUCCUUCGUGUUUUUGGUGGUGACCUUUUUGGCUUUCGCUUUCCCUUUCUUAGCGGAGCUGCUAUCGGAAACUUGAAUAGUGAGCAUUAGUUUCCGCUGACCGGCCAAGAAGUACUUUGCAGCUGAGCCUAUCUUGAGGUACUGAAUGGCCACACCAUAAUUCCCAACAACAUUGUCCUCAUAGAAUCCCUUCUCUGCCGACAAUUUGUCAAUCACUCGGACAACCUCAUGCUUCUUCAGUCCUUUUGCCAUGCCAUGAAACUUGUCCGACAGCUCGUCUUCAUUGUUCGGAUACCUUUUGCCUAGAAGAAUAUCUGCGCACUGGUUGGCUGUAAGCUUGUGUUGUGCUUGGACAACACGGAUGGCAGCAAUAGCAUAUUCAGAGAAGUCCUGUUGUUCGAAAACCAACCCAGCCUGGCAGUUGUCGCAUCUCUUGCCACAUUGUGAGGCAUCAAAGUCCUCUCCAAAGUAACGGAGAACCUCUGUUCGUCGACAGUCGGAUUGGUUGUCGCAAAAAGCAGAAACACGGUUGAGCAUGACCAUUUGACGCUCCUUCUGCUCUUGAUUUCCAUCUCCGUCAGCAAUCAUCUUCUUGAGGACUCUUAUAUCCCCCUUGCCAUAGAAGAGAAUACAAUCCGAAGGGUUUCCAUCACGACCUGCUCGACCAGUCUCUUGAUAAUAGCCUUCCAAACUCUUGGGUAAGCCAUGAUGCACCACAAACCGAACAUCUGGUUUAUCAAUACCCAUGCCAAAAGCGAUCGUUGCAACAACAACUUUGACAAUCCCCUUUUGCCAAGCAGUUUGCACUUCGUGUUUCUCCUGGGGCUCAAUUGCUGCAUGGUAGUGCCUUGCUUUGAUCCCACGCGCACAAAGCUUGCUAGCCACAUCUUCCGCCUGCUUUCGUGAAAUCGUGUAAACAAUGCCUGUAAUGUUACGAUAUUUGGAAUUGAUGAGAUCGGCAAUACUGUCAGUUGCAGCUGGAUUGCUUCCCUUUGAUCGCACCUCAUAGUAUAGAUUCGGUCUGUUGAAGCUUUGCGAAAAUACUUGGCAAUUGUUCAUUCCAAGAUUAUGCUUGAUAUCGACAAUGACGUUUUGUGUUGCAGUAGCCGUUAGAGCCAUCACUGGAACGGAUGGGAAUUUAGAUCUGACUUGUCCAAGGUUCUUGUAGUCCGGACGAAAGUCGUGGCCCCAUUGGCUAACGCAAUGGGCUUCAUCGAUUACCAGACGUGCAAACUUGCCUUUGCGAUAUAGCGUUUGCAUACCGUUAUUAAAAGCUCCAUUUUUCAUAACCAUUUCAGGGGUGACGUAGAGAAGCUCCACAAAGUGCUCAGGACUUCGUUCGUCAAAAGCGCUCAUGACUUGUCUCUUAUAGUCAGCUGAGCACUCGCCGUUGAAGGCAACAGCCUGAAUCCCAAGAGCCUUCAUAUGCUGGACUUGAUCCUGCAUUAGACUGAGCAAUGGCGAAACCACUAUAGUCACUCCUCUUGUUUUCCCAGUCCGGAUUACCGCUGGAAGCUGAUAGCACAAGGACUUUCCGCCUCCGGUAGGCAUAAGCACAAAAGCGUCUUGGCCAGCAAGCGUCGCGUUAAUAGCUUCCAGCUGAUUUUGUCGGAACCCCUUCAUUCUGAACCUAUCCUUGAGAAUCUUUUGAACUUCUGGAGACCACGGAUGCCGCAUGAGUUCUGGAGGGAUAAGCGGCUGCGCCACUGGUGCAGGUGUCACACUUUUGGACAUAGACCUGGGUUUAGAGGCGGCCAUACUAUUGCCUGAUGUUUCUGAAAAAAUAAUUCUUUGCUGGUGAGGCUCAUCUCUCCCUGAUUGGCGGCUUUCGUAAUCAUGAGCAAGUGCGAGGAUAUCAGCUUCAUCGCUAAAGUCGCUAAAUUCAUCAUGGCGCCGAGAUUCCACUAGAUUUCCUGGUGCCCGGUUUGUAUUCGGCGGAGGUGGCAUCAGAUCCUGUUCCGUUUCCGAAAAGAAAUCGUCUUCAUCGGGUACAUCAUUACUAUAUGUAACAGAUGGCCCGCAACCUGCAGUGCCUGAAGUGUUUCGCGGGAAAGGCUUAUCUUGCCAUUCAUCGGGUCUACCGCGUGUGAUGGCUUGCGUUGAUGAAUUGAGAUCUCGUGAGGAAUUCGGUUGUGAGUGUCCUGGUAGCUGUGUUUGAUGAACUAUUUGGGUCGCAGGCAGCAUAUCAAUGGUCGAUGUUUGCGACAUAUUGACUAAAUACGUUGUUGGUGAAGCCUGAGUGCCCAUGACCACUAAACUUGACUCGGCGGUUGAAGCCGUUGGCGGUCGAAUCAAGGCCUCCAAGUCAACGUUUGUCAAGCCACAGGACUUGAGCUCGACAACAAGGUCAGCUUCCUUUCGCUCAAUCUCAUCCGUCAAUGUGUCCAGGAGAGUUUCGUCUUCGUCUGUAUCGAUGCCCUCAGCAUAAGAGGUUGCGAUCUGUUUAACAAGCGUCUCUCGAUUCAGGGCAAGCACUCCGUAUGCUGCUAGAGAUGGCGCAACAUCCUUGAGCGCCUGCUGUUGACGCAGUAGACGCUCCUUUUCAAGCUUGAUCUCAUGACGUUUCUCCUUUGGCCAGCGUUCGUUAAUUGCUUGCAAAAACUUCGCGCCAUUCUGUUGGACAAGGGUAUCAAUAUGUGCUACCCGCCGUUCAAUGACCUCAGGGUUUUGUUGUAUCUGGGAUAAUAUCCUUGGCAUUUGGCUCGAGUUUGGGAGCACACCCUGAGUUGCGGCGUCUUCCCCAGUCACAACAGCCUUGGCUGUUUCGGCUGAAGGUGGUUGUAGGCCAUACGUCGCUGAUCCUGACUUUAAGCUGGUAGGAUGGGGUAGCUCGAUCAGAGAGCUAUCGUCGAGGUCGACGAAAUUUGCAAGAUUGCUGCUUGGAUGGUUUUGGGAAGGUGGAGUUACAAAUUCGUCAUCGGAGUCAGGUACCACACCGUCUUGAUCAGCGUGGCGUGCAGUUCGGGUAUUGGAAGUAGGCGUACUUGCUUCUGGUAUUACAUCCGGUUCAGGGGCUGGAGUGUUGACCGUUGGAGCCAUAACAUCAGUUCCAGAUGCCUUUGUUUGUUUUCGUCGGUUCACAGCACGUUGCAAAGGUGACGAUCUAACUUCGGCCGAGUCUAAUUGCGGUAAGCUACUUGAAGGACGCCUAGAGCCAGGUGUCAGUAGCUUUCCAGCUUUACCACUGUCUGUGCCGGCCGGAUUGUUCAUAUUCUGCUUUUUUCGCGGUGUGGAUGACGGGGGUUCGGUGCCCAGGAUAUGGUACACAUCCGCGAAUGGCUCAUCCAUCUUGUCCAAAUCGAUGUCGAAUUCGGCAAAGUCGGCGCUUUUUCUCUUCUUUCCCCGAUUUGAUAGCGGUGUAGCCUUUCUCGUGGACUUUGAUGCAGAUCGCGGGAGGUCUUUAAAAGAUGCAUCUUUCGACAGAUCAGCAAGACUUGUAUCGGCAGUCAAAUCCAUGCAGACUAGGUCGUCGUCGUCAAAAUAGUUUAGAUCCAAGCCUAAACUAGAUAUUACUGAAGUGGCUUUUGGUAGUUUGCCUUCAGCUGGUGAUUGUAGGGGUUUCGACAAGGUAGUUGAG